UCACACCCCCCAACCUCCGAUUCUGUUUUCAAAUGGUGAACACUCUAUUUCAUUCCUGGUGCCACCAUUUUUUGCGUUGCACUUUCCCUUGCACCGCCACAGCUUUUGCAGGUGAGGAACCAGCUGCAAUUUUUGAUGGGGGUGGCAUGGGGCUUUGUGACUCGGAGGGACAUUGGUCGAGUAUCAGCAUUGUUGACAUGCAUCUCUGUGCAGACCGCUUUUACGUCAAGACCCACGACACGUACGUGAAUGCUCUGGUGCGAGAUGUUGCUUUCAUCCCGCUGGAGUGCUACGUCUGCGGGGAGACGGUGACGCGCCUUUUUGACCAGUCCCAGCAUUCAAACACAGAGGAUGCAAAUGGGUGCAAAUCAAUGCCGUGUAUAGGGAUGGAUGUGCGAUGCCGAUCUGGCACGAUCAAGGCGAACUGCCUAAACAGUGCUUGCAGUUAGGGG